AUGAAUUACGACAAAUUAACCACCGAACAUAAUCCGAAAUUCAUAGAAAAUGUAACGCUGAAAUUAAUCAACUAUAAUAAACAUAAUGCCAUAAAUGGUUCAUUUUCCCUUGCCGAAGAUGUGCAGGAGUUCGAAAUAUCAAAUCGGAUUCUAUCGCGUAGACGUAAUGGCAAACAGUGGCAGAUGUAUAAUAUAACCAUAAAUGGAUGUGCUAUGUUGGAUAAUUCGUUGGGUAAAAGUAAUCCCAUAUUUGAUAUUGUCAUGAAAGAAAUUCGUAAGUGUGUAAUAAAUCUACCCAAACGAUGUCCAUUGAAGAAGGGUACUGUAAUUUCAAUAUUAAAUUUACACUACAAUGAGGAUAUGUUUCCACCCUAUUUACCCAGCGGAACGUUUGACAGUGUGUAUAUGUUAACGACCCGAAAUACAGUAGGAUUGAAAAUAUUGACAACUUCUUAUAUUGAAGCCAGGAAUAGUGAAAAACAUCGCAGGAGGAAAUUGAAAUAA